UGUUUCCGGAUGUUUAGCUAGCAUCGGGACAAGAAUGGCUGCGAUGUUUACGUGUUGUCUAGGCUGCUGUGGAGAUGGCGGAACGGGGCAUAUCCCCCUUAAAGAAAUGCCCACUGUUCAGUUAGACACUCACCACAUGGGCACGGAUGUUGUCAUCGUGAAGAGCGGCAGGAGGAUAUGUGGCACUGGAGGCUGUCUGGCCAAUGCUCCCCUUCACCAAAACAAAAGUUAUUUUGAGUUUAAGAUCCAGUCUACGGGUGUGUGGGGAAUCGGUGUGGCCACACAGAAAGUGAAUCUUAAUCAAGUGCCUUUGGGCAGAGACACAAACAGCCUCGUCCUGAGGCAUGAUGGGUCUGUGUACCACAAUAACGAAGAGAAGAAUCGCCUGCCUGCUAACAGCCUUCCUCAGGAGGGUGACAUUGUGGGGAUCACAUAUGACCACGUGGAGCUGAAUUUGUAUCUGAAUGGAAAGAACAUGCAUUGUCCUGCCUCAGGAAUACGAGGCACUGUUUUCCCUGUUGUGUAUGUGGAUGACAGUGCCAUCCUAGACUGCCAGUUUAGUGACUUCUACCACACAGCUCCACAAGGAUUUGAGAAAAUCCUCUUCGAACAACAAAUCUUCUAAAGGAGCACUCUAGCCUCAGCCCCUCUUCAUGCUGUCGUCCUCUCCUGUAUCUACUAGCCACCUCUGUGACACUACACUUCGACCUUGAUUGGAUAAUAUCAUUAAGCGUGGCUUGAUUGCCUCUUGUUUUGUUUUCCUCUGAUUACCGUGUCUCUGUGCUGCUGCUCUGGACUGAUGUUGGAGUACCCUUGAAGGGGAGGAGAUUUCUGAUCGUAGGUUGUCAUAGAUGAGCUGUUCCUGUCUGUACUGAUGAGAAAAACUAUCACAUCACUUGGUGUUGGCAGUAAUCACCCUAUAUCAACGGAAACACUUUUAAUUGUUGUUUUCUUUCUUUGUAUGUCAAUGACAACUGUAUGAUAGUCAAAAGUUCCCAUUUUUCAGAUCAGAAGCCAUGUUUUAUUGAAAUUGCUUUCGAUUUCUCUCUAUUUGUCAUGUACUGACAACAGACAAAAUACACCAUUCUAUUUAUUUGUAUUUAUUUGAGUCAAAGAUCAAGUGGUUUGUCUAUUUAAUGUGGCAAUGAUUAUUUUCCAAGAGGCCAGCCAAGUUUGUGACAUAAAGGACCAGCUGUUAGUAACGCUCAGACAGCAAUAUCCAGUCUACUGUGACUCUGCCUUUAAAGCAAAAGUCAGAACACUUUUGAUUCAAAUUUCACACAAAGUACCUGCUCCAGUAAAGCAGUGCAGAUUUCAGGAGACAGUCAGUGUAAGAGGUUAUUUCUUUAACAGCUGAUGAGGCUUUAUAAAGAUUGAUUUCUAAAUCAUUUAUUUAAACAGCCCUUUAAUUUCCCCCACACUUUUAUCAUAGUAAAAUCCUUUCUGGCUUAUUUAUUCUAAAUAUCAGAAUACUAUCACAGCUGGUGCUGGUUGUCUCUGAUUAGAGAUAUAUGGUUAAAAUGUCAAUCUGUUGUGUUGUAUUGACAUUGCAUAUCUGCUGCUGAAGUGUGGAAGUUAACUAUUUCAAGAGCUUGUCUUUGUUUUGCACUAAUGAUGAUAUUGUACAAGCAAACCCAAAUAUUGUUGAUUCAUUAAACUUUUGUGUCUGG